GAGACACUUGAUGUUCAUCUAAAAUGUACAUCCGGAUCCGUAUUUAGUGCACCAAUGAUACGUCUUACGUGUUCAUAAUAUAAACAUCGUCAACCUUUUUUUGAAAGAAAUUGCACAGACCCAUGGAUAUAAUAUUAAAGUAGAAGUCUCAAUGAGUUCGGAUUCACAGGAUCUUUUGCUACAAAACCACUUUGAAGUGAUUAUAGUAUGUUGUUCAGAUCAGCAUGUUGCAUAAUUUGGGAACGGGAUUCAAGAUGGCAAAGGUCAUUACGGUGCUAAAUUCACAUAGAUGGCUCUCCAGAAAACUGUAUUGCUGAGCUCUGUUCUCCUCUCGUUGUGUUUGGGUGCCCUACAGGGCCAGACGAACGUUCCUCAGUACCAUGAGCUGAUGAGACAGGGUCAUGCCAGGUUAACUCAGAAGGAGUCUGAGCCGGAUUUUAUUCAUAGAUUCAAUGGCACUACUAUGUUACAGAAAAUACUAUCACUGGACUCGAUGUAUGACCAGAUUUUGCUCCUAAAGGAGGAAUUUAUGACUGAUCUUGGGUCUCGGAUCAAAAUGUCGGCGGGUUGUGGUGUUGGACUUCAACUAUUAUUUGAUGGUUUGAAGGAAAGAAAUCGCUGGUCUCUUAAAAUGCUUGAUGCCAUAGGAAAAGUUCCCAGUAAUAUAUUUGAUGGUGAUUUCAUGUGGCUCGGUCAGUAUGAUGAGUGUAAUACAAUCAGUCAGGCAUUCACAGACAGAAUCACCUAUAACGAGACUUUCCUGGUUCGAGGGAAAUAUUUUCUUGCAGGAUUGUGGAAUCCUUUGGUAAGAAUAGGCAUGUUUUUAUUAAAUUGCAAAAAAUAA